CACCAAGGAAACACCGUCCGCCACUCUCUCCAUCCAUCUCCGCUCUCACGACUAUCUGCGACGAUGGUUCUCACAUAUGGCACAGGCGGCGCGACCGCUGCCUUGACGGUAGUAGGCUUGUACAUGCUGUUCAAUGGCGAGGGCGAAGCAUUCAACGUCGGGCGAUUCCUCGAAACCAUAUCACCAUACACCUGGGCCAGUCUGGGUAUCGCCCUGUGUAUCGGUCUCUCCGUCGUCGGAUCGGCCUGGGGUAUCUUUACAACCGGUGUAUCCAUCGUCGGUGGUGGUGUCAAGGCUCCCAGGAUACGGACGAAGAACUUGAUCUCCAUCAUCUUCUGCGAAGUCGUCGCUAUUUACGGCGUCAUCAUGGCUAUUAUCUUUUCCUCGAAGAUGCAAGCAGUUGGCGACACCGAGAAGCUCUACUCUGGCUCCAACUACUUCACCGGCUACGCACUGUUCUGGGCGGGUCUCACAGUCGGCAUGUGCAACCUGAUUUGCGGUGUUUCGGUUGGUAUCAAUGGAAGUAGCGCUGCGUUGGCAGAUGCUGCCGAUCCGUCACUUUUCGUCAAAAUCCUUGUCAUUGAAAUCUUCAGUUCCAUCCUGGGAUUGUUUGGACUGAUCAUUGGACUACUUAUGCAGAGCGCUGCAAAGGAUUUCGACUGAGCGCAUUGACGUCAUUAUGUAAUGCAGGAACUCAAGUAGAGGAGCAGAGACGUCGACAGACAGAAGGUGGUGGCAGAAAGGGUGUGAACUUAACAAAACACCGCGUUCAAGGGCAAUUUAUGUUGGGUUCGCCGAAGUUGUAUGAUGUACAUAGGGCAGGCGCUUGUAUAAUGCAUGUAUCACGAGCGAGCAUUGGCGUUAGAUAUCAAGUUUCGAUCAGGAUUCAAUUGCAAAAUAUCGACA